UGUAGCAAGUUGGCAGGCAUUGCCGCUCAUCUGGCCAGACAGUUGUACACUAUUUAUUGCGAUACUCGGCAGCGGUGCUUAAUAUUCGUGCUUAAAAAUUAUACAAUUUUCUAGAAGAGCGUUAGAAUGGAACAGUUUAAGGGAUUGGAUAAAACCCUUUAUAUAUGGACUGACAGCGACAGUGUGGACAAACGCGUGCAGGAGAUAAAGGCAGCCACGGGUGGCGAGGUGGCAUUGGAAAAUGUCCAUCGCCUGUCGUUUUCCUCUUAUGCAAACUCCAGUUUCGAUCUGAUUGUGAUAGAAUGCGCUCAGCUGACUGAUAAUUAUGUAAAACUACUCCACAUGCUCAAGCCGAGCGGUAAGCUUCAUCUGGUGGCUUACAUUGGCCCCGCCUCCAGUUUGCUGCAGGAGAUUAAGCUGUCCGGGUUCAUCAAUUGCCGGGAGGAGGCCGACACGUUGAUUGCCGAGAAGCCGGGCUAUGAGGUGGGCUCCUCGGCCCGUUUGUCGUUUCUCAAGAAAAAUACCAGCGCUGUGAACGUGUGGAAAAUCAGCGGCGAUGAGGAGGAACUCAUUGAUGAGGAGGAGCUGCUCGACGAAGCAGACAAGCAGUUGCCGGAUCCAAGUGCCUUGAAAGUUUGCAGCACAACUGGGAAGCGCAAGGCUUGUAAGAAUUGCUCAUGCGGCCUGGCCGAGGAAUUGGAAAGUGAAAAGCAAGUGCAGACAGCCACGGAAAAUGCCAAGUCUAGUUGCGGAAAUUGCUACCUCGGCGACGCCUUUCGGUGCUCCACCUGCCCCUAUUUGGGGAUGCCAGCAUUUAAGCCUGGUGAAAAGGUGCAACUGGCUGACAAUUUGCUGAAAUCCGAUAUUUAAGCUAAGAAAUUCUGUUGUUACUUACACUUUUUGUCACAUCUUUAUUAAGAAAAGUUUUAAGGCCCAAAAACAAUGUCAUAUGUAUAUAUAAAAAACAUUAAAAUACGCACAUCAAUCACCAACUACA